CAGAAUUCGAAUGUUGUUGUCGAGAGUGUCCGAGUGACCGAGGGGUUAUUUUACCCAUUUUUCUUCCGUUUUAUCGACUCAUUGCGCAGUUUAUGAGAAUUACAUGAAUUCAUCAGAGAUUAUAGACGAUGGGGAGAAAUGCAUACAGAAGUUGUUGUGGCGUCUUCGUCACGAGGAUGCGACACAGUACAACACCCUCGUCAAGAUGCACUUGUCCUUCGCCACAGAUCUUCCCACAGACCAAAUUGCUGUACACAUUCGCAGAUGUGAUAUGCGAGAGCAGCCACCAGGGAGACGAUGGCACCUAACACCUUUAAUACGCCGCCUGGGUAGAUCUGGCAACGGCAAAGGGGUGAUGGAGGGGGCACCACUUACCCAGGAGGGUGUCUGCCAGGCUUUCCAGUUAAUACAUUACCUCAACAAAGACUAUAAUAUUACACAAGAAGGUCUGUUUCGGAAGAGUGGAAGUUUGACUCGGCAGCAAGAAUUGAAAAAUCUUCUCAAUUCUGGUGGUGAUCUCAAUUUAGACUAUGGUGUAUACUCUGCUCAUGACUGUGCCUCUGUCCUCAAAAGUUUCCUGGCUGACCUACCUGAGCCUCUGCUGACAGAAGCACACUACUCAAUCCAUUGUAAAAUUGCAGAAAUGCACCAAUCACAUAUGAGUCAAGAACAGAAGGAGGCAGCACAAAGCCGUCAGGUUAAGGCCCUUCGUCUCCUGUUCCUGCUACUUCCAUCAGAAAAUUAUCAGCUAUUACAGGACCUCCUCAUUCUGCUCAACCGAGUUGCAGCCCACAAGGAGCAAAAUCUAAUGUCAGCCAUCAAUCUUGGAACGAUGUUUGCUCCUCACAUUUUGUGUCCAAGAAAAAUGGCUCCCAAUGACUUGCAAUAUCUCUCUGGCACCCUGAGCACGUCUGUUGCCUUCAUGAUAGAAAACCAACCACAACUCUUCAGGGUACCCCUUGAACUGGAGUAUGAUGUACGCCAAUACUGGAACAACAAAAAGAAAAUGAAGCACCAGUUAUCAAAGCGAUCAAUGAUGGAUGCCCCAACCAACACCAUAUUCACUUUCAUCGACCGUGAACUGACUGCACAGGCCAAUGACAAAGAUGUUACUGAGGUGGCUCUUGCUGAGCUCUAUGCCUAUGUGCAGUCCCUUCCAGACUCUGCCAAAAAGCGCAGAUUAAUUAAGCAGUUUAACCAUGCAAGUGGUUCAGGAACUCCACAGUUAAACCAAAGUUUUCUAAAGAAGCAGGAGGCUCGUGGGAAGCGGCUUGGAGACUCCAUAAAGAAAGUAAUGAUGACUCCUCGUAGCCGGUGCCCUAUCAUUAUAAAUUCCACAACCAGUUUAUCAAAUGUGCCUAUUCCUGAAGAAAAAGACAGCCAAAAUACACCAGUAGCAGAUGUUUUGAGGACAAAAGAAAACUUGAUUGAAGAUGAAACAAGCCACAACUCCCCAGUCAUCACCAAUCCUACUGCCAAACUCAGUUCUCCAGUCCGACCCACCAAGCCCCUCGCAGACUCAACGAACCUGAGCAUCAACACCACUGACAGCGAAAUGAAUGACCCUGAUUACAACAAAGGUAAGGCCAUCACUAUCAGGAAAAAGAGAGAUUCAGAAGGCUCUUGUGAAAAUGAAGGGGAAACGAAGCUCAAGCGAUGGGGUUCGUCAACCUUGCGAAGAACGUUAAGCUCAGCCAGUUCCACGGGUUCCCUGUUUGGCAGCUUCUUUAGGCACCUGAGUACGUCUUCCUUAGCCCAGUUGGCCUCUCGGCUCAGCUCGACAACCUCUCUUGCCAAUCCUGAGGUUCAGGAGGAAGAGAAAUCUGAUGAAUCGGAAGGUGAGGAAGAUGGUGAAAUGAAUGAGUCAUUAUCCAGUGUAUUUAAAGAUUAUCUCCUCAGUAGAAGUAUCCUGACUGAUAACCCUGUUGAUUUGUCAACUGACUGUUUAGAGAAAGGAAUUGAAGAAGAGGAUAAAGUAGAAAUUCAAGAAAUUCCACAAACAACUGACUCUAAUGAAGAAAAUAGUGAUGAUAAUCUAGGUGACUCUGCCUAUGGUGAAUCACAGCCGCCAAGUAAGAGUGUCUCACGCCAGUGCUCUAAAGCUUCUUUAGGCUCUGCUGACUCAGCCUUGGAUCUUUGUUCAAACAAAGAACUCUCUGAGUCUUUGUUAUACUGUCUGGAUGGGAAUAAUCCACUCUCUCCAACUACAGUAGUGAUUGAUAAGAGUAAAGAACAAUUACAGAUAACAAGUGAAGGUGUAUUCACACCAGAUCGAGAUACAUCAGCAGAGGAACAAGUGGAAAGACUUCAUUCUUGCUCACCUGAAAGCAGGCGGCAGUCUAUUUUAAAAACAAAGCAAGGGACACCUGUUCCACAGUGGGACAAAGUACACACAGAGUCUGGAGGAAGUGCAAGAGGGGUCCUCUUUGAAACCUCCUUUUAAGACGAUACUCCAUUCAAGUAUGUGGAUUAAAGUAAUUUCCUGGAAUCAUCAUCAGUGAAGUCAAUAUUUUUCUAGUUAUUUUAUCACAAUUUAUGAAAUGGAACACACUAUUAUAUGUCCCUGCAGAGGAGUACUUGUUCAGACAGUAUUAAGUAACUGAUAUAUUUUUAAUAGAUAAAAAGAGGUUCAAAUUAUUUUAUAGACCUUUUUCAUUUUAAAGUAAUUCCAACAUUUUUCUUCAACAAAUUGAACCCAAGUGAUUAAUACUUGUUAUUACUAUGUUAAGAAUCUCAGAGUUUGUACAAAUGCAAUGGAGAUAUACCAUUCUUCAUAGUUUUGUUAUGAAGAGAAAUGUUUAAAGACAUUCUUAACUUUAAUUUCCCAUGUACAUACAAGAUUUUUAAAAGUAUUUGCUGAUAAAUUAUUAGUCCAAAGAUAAACAUACCUCCUGGAAUUUCUAUCAACACCUUUUUUUUAUAUACUGUUCAGUUGCCCUUGAUAUACUCAUUUGUUAAUAUUUUCAUUUCUUCUUGUAUCUGUUUAGAGUAAGGAAAGUGUCUUCUGCCAAAGAUGUGAUAGACCCAACCAUUACAUUUGUUACUGUUUUACAUUAGGUCAUAUUUUUUUCUUAGUAAACUGUCCAUGUAAGAGGAUUUUUUCAUAGUUUUAUAAUAAGACAGAAGAAUAAACUUAGUGUAAUACUGAAGCCAA